ACAGCGACAAUGGUUGUAAACGUCGUUCCAUCAUCAGUCACGCUCGAUUUUUCAAUUUCUUUGUUUUUUGUGAGGUUAUAAUUUGAAAGAAGAAAAUAAUAUAUAGAACUCAUUUAUCUUUUAAAUGUCUAAAUUAACAAUGACGAAAAAAGAUGAGAAUGAUAAAAAGAAUUCCAAGAAAAAUAAGAUCCGCCUUUACAAACCGAAAAAGAAGAAGAGUACCGAGGAAGGUGCAGCAAUACAAUAUUUGCAGGCGCAGUAUGAAAAAAUAGUACCAGAUGAAAUAAAAACAUUCAAAGAUUUCCCAAUCUCCCAAAAGACAUUGAAAGGCCUGAAAGAUAACAACUACAUUAUUCCGACAGAAAUCCAACGACAGGCAAUUGGUUACGCACUUCAGGGCAAAGAUAUUCUGGGAGCUGCCAAGACCGGCUCUGGGAAAACAUUGGCUUUCUUAGUUCCGAUACUCGAAUUGUUAUUUUGUAAGAAAUGGACACGAUAUGACGGGGUUGGAGCCAUUGUCAUUUCUCCAACAAGAGAAUUGGCCUAUCAGAUAUAUGAAACCUUAAGGAAAAUAGGACACUACCAUGACUUCUCAGCUGGCCUGAUAAUUGGAGGUCAAAAUCUCAAGUUUGAAAGGAAGCGAAUGGAUCAAAUAAAUAUUUUAAUUUGCACACCUGGACGAUUACUUCAACACAUGGAUGAAAAUCCUUUAUUUAACUGUCAUCAGAUGCAAAUCUUAGUGCUGGACGAGGCUGAUAGAUGUUUGGACCUGGGUUUCGCACAAGCAAUGAAUGCUAUUAUAGAAAAUCUUCCAACAGAAAGGCAAACCCUAUUGUUCUCAGCAACUCAGACUAAAUCUGUCAAAGACCUAGCUCGGCUCAGCUUGUCAUUCCCGACAUAUGUGGCUCCACAUGAACAGGCUGAUACAGUCACUCCAGAGUCAUUACAACAAAGUUAUAUUGUGUGUGAUUUGGAUGAAAAGAUGGCCAUCCUUUGGUCAUUUAUAAGAAACCAUUUGAAGCAAAAAGUUUUAGUGUUCAUGGCUACUUGCAAACAAGUCAAAUACACCUACCAGUUGUUCUGUAAACUCCGACCUGGUGUCAGCCUGCUCGCUCUUUAUGGAUCACUUCAUCAAGAAAAAAGAGAAAAAAUUUACAAUGAAUUUUGUAGAAAAUCAAAUGUAGUUUUGUUUGCUACAGAUUUGGCUUCACGUGGAUUAGAUUUCCCCAGAGUUAACUGGGUGAUUCAGAUGGAUUGUCCUGAAGAUGUGGAGACAUACAUUCACAGAGCCGGCCGCACUGCACGUGGGGUGUUUGGCAAAGGUGAAGGUCUGCUAAUGUUACUACCCCAUGAAGAGAAAAUAGUUGAAGAUUUAAAGAAAAGCAAAAUUCCUAUUAAUAAAAUAGCUAUAGAUCCAUCAAAAGUUGUAUUGCCCGAGAAAAAAAUUGAAGGUUUAGUGUCUUUCAAUUCAGACCUGAAAAAGAGUGCUCAGAGAGCAUUUAUUAGUUAUGUCAGAUCUGUCUUCCUCAUGAAAAAUAAGGAUAUUUUUAAUGUACAACUAUUGGAUACAGAUGCCUAUGGAAGAUCUUUAGGAUUAGUUGUUCCUCCAAGCAUAAAAUUCCUGCACAGAAAUAAUAAGAAUGUAAUUGAGACUCAAAAAGAAAAUGAUAAAGAAGAUGAUGACCUCAUAGAUAAAUUGAAUGCUGCAGGUAAAAUACCUGGUGACAGUGAAUCAGAUCAUGAUAACGAUAUAGUAAUAGAGAAUACAGAUGAUUUAAAAGAAAUUAAAAAGAGACACAAGAAAAAACUAGAGAAGUUUGAAUUUCAUAAAAGUGAUGUUGAUCACGACAAUUUCAUUCAAGUCACGAAGUUAGAUGUAAAUGUUGAAGGUGAUAUUGUAGAACCACAAGAAAUUGAUUCAAUUAAGAAAACAAAAUCAUUGUCUGAAGAGGCUGUUGUUAGAAAUAUGCUUAAAAAUCAAGUUAAUGUUAACACUAAAGUGAAGUUCACAGAAGAGGGAGACACAGUAGAGAGAGACACAGUAGAAGAUGAGACAGAAGAUGUGAAGUCCUAUUUUGGAAAUCAAAUUGAGAAUGAGAAUAUACAACCUGGGCUUUAUUUAGAGAAAACCAAAGAAACGGUGCAGGAGGAAGACAAGGUCGAUAAGAUGCAGUUUAGAGAAAAAGUGCAGACAAAGCAUAGAGAAAAGAAGAGGAAAUUGAAGAAUAAAAAGAAAGAAGAUGUAGGUGAAAAGGAUGACUUUGGAUCACAGUCUGAAUCAGAUGGGCCGGAUCUCUCAUGGUUGCCGGACCCUGACCAAGUGUAUGGAAAGGCUGACGGCAGUGAUGAAGAAUCUGAUUAUGACGGGAGGGAUAUAUCAGAUGAUGACGAGUCAUCUGAAGAGGAGGAAGAAGAGUUCUACAGGCCUACAAAGCGGAAACUCCUAGAGAAGAACAGCAUCCCGCCGGAGAGUGUGGUCCCGCGGAAAAUCAAGAAGGUGGAAGAUAUCUCGAAAACACUCUCCGUGCAAGAGGCAGAGGCGCUGGCCAUGCAGCUUCUACAGAAAAAGUAGUUUAUAUGUACUUAGUGUAAUGUUAAAAUAAAUGUUUCUUUUAUAUA